AUGAGUUUCCUCGAUUCCGUUCUCUCGUCUCUCCAGACGGGUAAGCCCUCCCAACUCCCACUGUCUCAGGCGCCUACCUCGCCUGAGCCUGCUUCGAUCCCCAAAAAAGAGGAUCGAAAACCGACCGCUGAGCGGCGGGCGCCUCCGACUAGUGGGAAUGUGGGUGGAGGGAUCAAGCGCAAAGCUGAGGAGCAGCUGCCUCGUCCACCAAAAACUGAAAGCAAGGUGACUAAUAACUCAGCUUCAAUGAAGUCCACGCUCGCCACGAGACCAGCGCUAUCAUCAGCAUCACCGAGAGUUGUGUCCAAGGCAGUCCCGACCACCACCUCUAGGCCAACCAUGCCUAAGCCCACCCCCAAAUCCAGCUUGUCUGCGGCGCCCAAAGUGACACCCUCACGGAAGGAGCCCGCCCCUAAACCCACAUCGGCAGCCGCCGCCACAGCCUCGAAGCCGCCGCCGAAGGGAUCAUUUGCGGAGAUCAUGGCGCAGGCUAAGGCUAAGCAAGAGACGGCGCCUGUGGGAGUAGGCUUACUGCGACACCAAGCCGGUCCCAAAGAAAGACUUACGAAAGUGGAGCGCAAGCGGCGCAUGAUGGAGCUCCAGGCCAAAGAAAAAGAAGCGCGUUUGGGAAAGAAGGCUGGAUCAGGUGUUUCUGCCAAGGGUAAGCCUGCUGUCCGGCAGCGUGAUUCCGAGGGGCCCUCAUACAAGGGCACGGCCAAACCGACGCAGACUCCCGAGCCGCCUACAUACCGUGGAACUGCGGGCCUGCCGUCAAACCGUGGUGGAAGUGACCGUCGACAACAGUCUCGCAAUUCUCGACAGAACGAAUAUCUCGGAACUGAUGAAGAAGAUGAGGGCGACUUCGGUGACUACGACGAUUAUUACUCCGACGCAUCUUCCGACAUGGAGGCUGGAAUUGACGAUGUGGACCGCGAAGAAGCUGCUGCAUUGGAAUUUGCCAAACGGGAGGACGAGAAGGAGCUGCGACUAGAAAUGGCUGCUAAGAAAGAGAAGUUGGAGCGCCAGCGGAAAUUGGCCGCUCUUGCUUCUAAGAGCAAACGUUAA